UUCGGCGAAUCUCUCGCUCUGUCGUCCUCCUCUUUGCAUCUCUUUUCGCCUUCUCCACGCAUGCUUCAUCUGCUUUGAUUUUUGAAAUGCCUUUUUUAUAUUCAAGCUAGUGUCUUUCAUCGAUUUUCUCAACGACCCUCCAUCUGAAUUCUCGCGUACAUCUCCGAAUUUGAUUGAUAGGUUUUGUUAAAACUCUAGGAAGGCAUGGGGAGGUUGUUUGUGGUGAAUCUCGAGGGGAAGAUCUAUAGCUGCAAGCACUGCCGGACCCAUCUUGCACUCUGUGAAGACAUCGUUUCCAAGUCUUUCCACUGCAGGCAUGGAAAAGCUUAUCUCUUCAAUAAGGUAGUGAAUGUGUCUGUCGGUGAAAAAGAAGAAAGACAGAUGACGACUGGGAUGCACACUGUUGCUGACAUAUUUUGUGUUGGUUGUGGAUCAAUAGUAGGGUGGACAUAUGAGACUGCCCAUGAAAAAAGCCAGAAGUACAAGGAGGGAAAAUCUGUGCUUGAGAGAUUCAAGGUUUCAGGUCCUGAUGGAAGCAAUUACUGGGUUGGAGCACAUAUUGGUGGAAGUGAUGCAGAUGAUGCUUAAUUACCCUUUAUUUCAAAUUGUAAAUUCUUUAACGCCAACCCCCCCAACCCCCCCGGCGGGCCAAAAAAAAAUGUUCUUAUUCAACUAGUGAAAUUUGGACUUGUAAUUCCUAAUUUAGGCAGCUUGCCCAACUUGCUCUCGAUAUUGUUAAUGUUCAUUAACAUAAUUGUUGAUUCGGAUUUAGUUGUGUUAAUGAAACCAUAUAAUCUUUGAUUUGGAUUUA